AUGAAGUCGAACAACUCGUGUACCCAGCAAGUGGGAAUUUGGGAAUUUGGGACUACUUCAAACCGUGCAGUUUGUCAGGUGGAGGACUGUAAGACUGAUCUUAGCAAUGCCAAGGAUUAUCACCGGAGGCAUAAGGUCUGUGAUAUGCAUUCUAAGGCAACUGAAGCGCUGGUUGGAAGUGUUUUGCAGCGGUUCUGUCAACAGUGUAGCAGGUUUCUUUUGUUCAUCAAUCUUCUUCAAGAGUUUGAUGAAGGGAAGAGAAGUUGCCGUAGGCGUUUGGCUGGCCAUAAUAGGAGGAGAAGAAAAGCACAUCCUGAUACUGCAGUUAAUGGAGGCUCUUUAAACAAUGAAAGCGGAAGCAGUUAUUUAUUGAUUAGCUUGCUGAGAAUACUCUCAAAUAUGCACUCUAGUAGUUCUGAUCAAACAAAGGAUCAGGAUGUCGUAUCUCAUUUGUUGAGGAGCUUAGCCAAUGUUGCUGGUACGGCUGAUGGAAGAAACAUAUCUACAUUGCUGCAGGGAUCUCAAGGUUUAUUUGACAGUGGGACAUCUGUCCAGACUGCACUAAAGGUUCUAGAUAUGAAUGCUGGUGUUAAUACUGAGGACCCUUUAAGGUCUAAAGGACACUGUCCGAUACUACCUGCGUCAAGAGACAGUUCUGAAUCCAAAUCAGUUACACCGGAAGCUGCAAGUAGAAGGUUCCAGUUAAAUGACAUUGAUUUAAACAAUACAUACGAUGAUUCACAGGACUAUGUAGAGAACCUAGGGAAUUCUCAUGUUCCUGCAAGUCCAGGCACUGCAUCUCUUGGUUUUCCUUCAUGGAUGCAGCGUGAUUCUCAUAAAUCAAGCCCACCUCAGACAAGCGGGAAUUCAGACUUAACUUUAAGGGUCGCGCCCGUUGGUCUCCUGGCGUGGAAGGACUGGCGAAUGGACUCAGCCGUGAUCGCUGUCGUAGUUGAAGAUUCCGAUGAAAUCUUAAUGAUGGAAUUUAUAAAAGAAAAAGAGGCAAAUUCAAUUUCCUGUAAUUGUUAG